ACUCGACAGACCAUGCGCGCGCGCGUUGUUGUGCAGUGUAUUCAUUCACAAUAUGUCGCGGUUCAUCAAUAAACCUUAUAGUUUGUGUUUGUCUUUCCUGAAGAGCAGGUGGAAACAUCAUCACUGUGCGUCCAAACCAUCUUCACUCGCCUCUGGGGUGAAAACAAAAGAAAUAAAGGCAAGCUAUGGAUUUUAUAGUACUAACUCAAGAUCAGAGUUUAAUCCAGCUGCUUCAUGGGCCACCAGAGCUUGGACGGAUGUUGUACAUGGACACGUACAAAGAAGAGAAUUUUACUUGACCGUUCCUCUUGGAGAAGAAAACGCACUUCAGUCCAAGGACUUGCCAGAAGCCGUCUAUGAGAAGCUGGCUGAGGAGACCCUGGAUGCGUUAGCAGAAUAUUUUGAGGAUCUCGCUGAUGAGAGCUUCACUGCAGCUGACUAUGACGUGAUGUUUUCUAGUGGUGUCCUGACUGUGAAAGUAGGAGGUGACCAUGGCACUUACGUCAUCAAUAAACAAACACCGAACAGACAGAUUUGGCUCUCCUCUCCUACAAGCGGGCCAAAACGUUACGAUUGGACAGGAGAGCGCUGGGUAUACGCCCACGAUGGCAUGGCCUUACACGAUCUGCUCUCGACAGAGUUUUCUGCCAUCUUUCAGUCAAAUAUGGACCUGUCGCAUCUUCUGCAUUCCUGAGAAGGACCAAAAGAUGAAGAAACCACAAGAAACAUCUCUUAAUAUCAGGAACAGAAAUGUAUGGACAGAUGUGACGUUCACCAUUUGCUGCUCUUUGGGAUUAGAAAUAUUUUGUCAGCUUGUACUACUAUAUCUUCUUGAGAAAGACCUCUCCUCCUUUCUGCUUAACGUACUGAAGGUGUUCCGUUUUGGCAUUGCAAAUCGGCCCUUAAAGUGCAUUUACUACACCUGCUUUCAUUUAAGUAUUAAGGCCAAAUUAUAAUUCGUAGUAGCAUGGGAGUUCAUUCAGAACGUGUUCAUUCAGUAAUGGUUCUGCUGUAGUCAUCAACCACUUUAAGCACUGCUCUCUAUUCAAAACUCCACUCGUUCAUUAUGGCGUAGGGUUAAGAGUGCUCUGACAGUCCCUGCAAAUGAAUCUGGCUGAAUUCCAUUCGAAUUAAAGAGAACAUUUUUGAACAGUGCACCAGCAACGAAAGAGAUAAGAGGGCGAUCUUUGUCAUUUGGGGCUUUUAAGUCUGUGCUGGUAAUUUAGAGAUCUGGACAUGCAGGCAGUCGAGACUGGAAAGAGGAAGAGGGAGGGGAUUAUUUGGGGAAAAAAAAGCUGGAGGAGUGCUGAUCAGAGCUGACUCUUCUGACUCCGAGGUGCUCGUUUGGUGUUUGUUCAAUAUAUCGUGGGGUAAAUAAAUCCAGGGCGUGUGUUAGUACACUUCAAGCUAUGAGUCAUCCUUAUCUUUGAAAUUUUUUUUAACCAUCAGUUUUUGUUUGCACAGUAUCUUGUUGAUGAAUACCUGAUCAUGAUUAAUAAAUUGUAGUCUUAUUAA